AUGACUGGAAAUUCUCCACAAACCAACGGAACUCAUUCUCCUCUCGGCCAUCUUCUUCCUCUACGUCGUCACCCGAGCCACGUUCUAUUCCGUCUGGUCGGAUCUCGGCUUCUUUUUCGUUUUUGUCAUCUUGACUGGCUUCUGGAUCAUUGCCAUCUCGUUGGCACGCGAGUACCGAGACUACAUCAUCUACGACGAUUUCCUCCACGAGACAUUGCCAAGCUUCGUCUAAAUGUUCUAACUCGUCGUCCGUCCUCGUCUUCAAAAUACACGUCCUCGUUUUCGGGUCAAUCAAGGCGUCUUCUGUUAUUUUUUCGUUCUCACAGUUUCAGUUUUGCUUUCAUUUAA